AUGAAGAGCUCGUUUGCUACCCGCGCGGUAUUCUUCGCCAGCCUCGUACUCUGCAGUAUCGGUCCUUCCAUCGCGCAAAACAACUCUUUUUAUACUGCCUCUGCUGGAUUUUCGUCUAUCCUCGGUCUCAAUCCGAAAGUGACCCUCCUUGCAGAAAGCGAGCUGCCUUUAUUCCAUGAGGGAGGUGUUUAUUAUGCUCCAACCAACUCUCUUUUCGUCACCUCCGACUUGAUCCCAGACCCGUCAACUGCAAAUGGUACAUGGCAGCUCAUAUCCCAUGUCACGGGCAAUCUCACGUCUUCCGCCACGACCCGAGUCACACCACUCAACGCAACGAGCCAUGCCAUUCCUUACCCACUUGGCGGCUAUCCCUAUCUGAAAUCCAAGGGACUCAUUGCCUGGCUCGGUCAGGGCUCCCUCACAAAGCCGGGAGGCGUAUUCUUCAUGAACCCUGAACCUCCGUUCAAUGUUACUCAGGCUCUGUCCAGCUACGGCGACUACGACUUCAACUCUCCAAACGAUAUCGCCGUCACUCCUUCCGGCGAGAUCUAUUUCACCGAUCCAAUCUACGGCUCUGAGUAUGGCUUUCGCCCCAAAGCUCAGCUUCCAAACCAAGUUUACCGCUUUAAUCCAGCUACCGGAACAGUUAGAACUGUAGCUGAUGGCUUCAGCCGGCCCAAUGGUCUUGGCAUCAACAAGGACGGAAGCACCGUCUAUAUCAUCGACACUGGCGCUCAGGUCGGCGACGGAACCAUCGACUACCAAGGCCCCCGAACCAUCUACGCUCUCGAUGUCCAAGGGAGAAAGCAAAAUGGAACCGGUGGAUUUCUCGGAAACAGACACCUCUUUUGUUUCCCCAGCUUUGGCGGUGCGAAAGGCGUCAAGACAGACACUUUAGGCAAUGUCUACGUUGGAUUAGAUGAUGGCGUAUCGGUCUUCGACGAAGGCGGUGAGCUUCUGGGAAAGAUUCUCAUCGACGAUAUUGCCAACAUUGGUUUCGGUGAGCCUGGAGUCAUUUUCGCCAUGGGAGAGACAAGGCUGUGGAGGGUAGACCUUUCAGAUGCAGUAGUGGGGUCAGCGCAGACGAUUUGA